AUAACAUUGCACGUUCCCCGCGUGUGCGGAAAAGGGCCGGGGGUUGCAUCGGGCCACUUCUGGAUGACUGAAGUGGCUAGAAUUGGGAAGCCCCUUGGAUGGAAAUCUCACUUCAUCACAACACGCUGCAAGCAACAAACCCGAGAAAGUGGCCGCUUAUCCCUGUAAUCGUGUAUUGCGCAACAGGCAGGGUUUAAGGGGGAACUUCCCUAAUCCCUCCUCCCGGGAAACUCCGGAUUUUGUGCUGCAGCAAAGCGGCUCGCGUUUACACGGCUCACAAAGGCAUGCACCCGUCUGGAGGGGUCUUUGCUGUGCAGGCCACCUAGGAGCUGCCUUAUGAGGCUUCUCCCCCACCCCCCUUUUUCUGACCGGCCUCCUUAAGAAGGUCCCAGGAGGCAGAAAGCGGAGCCCGGUGUUUUGUUCUUAUAGGGAGGGAAAAGUUUCGCAGAGUAACGCUGACAUCCAGGAAAUGAGUAAGACAGAAAGCGACCAAACCAGGCACGGCUAGCGGUGAGAAAAGUGAGCAUGGGGCUAAGAAGAAAGGAAGAGAUCCCGGGAAGCCUUUGCCCAGCGCAUCGGCCGGUGGCUCCGUGAGCCCGUGUGUGGACGUUUACUAAGGCGAGGGAGAGGGGGCUGCCGUUUGCAACAGCACAGAAGUGGCUGGCGACAAGGCGCAGUAAGUCAGGAGUCCGCCUCCCUCUCUCCGCUUCUCUAACCUCAGUGGGGGCGACGGGCACAAAAACCUGCUUUCCUGGCUGGCAGGGGGCUGCAGCGCCCAAAAGGGGGGUUCGCUUGCUGCAGCAGCGGGGCUGGUUUUCUGCUUCACCGGGGAUGCAAUCUGCAGGGGAGGAGGGGUCCCUUUGAUCCUCCAUCUUUGGGGCUGUGAAGGAAGGAAUCGCCAUGCCAGCAGGCAUCUUCCGGGUGUGUCUGGUGGUGAUUACGGCCAUCGUCAACCACCCACUCCUCUUCCCCAAAGAGAAUGCCACUGUUCCUGAGUACGCUGAGGACAUCAUCCAGAAGAUGAAGGCGCAUGAGGAGAACCUCCGGCUGGAGCAGCUGCGUUUGGAGCAAGAGAUUGCCGGACAGGAGGCCGCGCUAAAGACUUUGGAAAAGGCCACAGAGACGGAGGAGCAGAACAUCAAGGAACCUCUCCCCUGGGACUUGUGGAGCGCCAUGUCCAUGGUCAUCUUCCUGCUGAUCGAGCUCUGGAGGCAGGAUUACCAAGAUGGGAACUGGCAGGAGUCAGCCUGUGAGGAAGACGACAUGGCCGUUCUAGGGAAAGCAUUCAAGGGCGUGGCCCUCCCAGACAAGGCCGCGUUGGCCAACUUCUACGAGAGGUGUAUCCUGGGUGCCACCGGUGACAUGGCUAGGAAGCGAGAGUUGGUGGAAGGCUUUGCGGAUGACUUGCUGGAGGCCCUGAGGAGCGUGUGUAACCGGGACGCCGACAUGGAAGUGGAGGAGUCCAUAGGGGUGGGGAGCAUGUACGAAAACUGGAGGGUGAACAAGCCUUUGGUUUGUGACUUGAUUGUCCCUUUCACGCCCCCAGAGCCAUACUGUUUCCGAUCCCAGACCUGGUGCUCAAGGGAGUCAGUUCGACCAGACAAACAAGGCUACGGCACCAUAAAAGUCUGCAGGGCGGAUGAGGAUGCAGCGGGUUGCAUCUGUGGCAAGACUAAGCUGGGGGAAGACAUGUUGUGCCUCCUCCAUAGCCAAACCAACCAGACCAGGCCCAGCGGUGAGAUGGAGGAUCUGCUGUGCUUCAAGAAUACCCAGUAUCUGGAUGCCGACCAGGUCAUGAAGUGGUUCCAGAUCGCGAUCACCAAGUCUUGGAACAAAAUCUCCCACAAAUAUGAAUUCGACGUCACCUUCAACCUCUUGGACGCACCGGGAGCCCUGAAGAUAAAAUUCAGGUCUGGGAAGUCCAUUGCCUUUAAUCUCACCCCUGUGGUACAGUGCGAAGACUCGGAUGCCUAUUUCAUCUCCCAUUUCCCCCGCAGCGGCCUGACGGCUGAUCCUGCCUCCAGUACUGACUGGUUUGUUACUUUUGCGGUGUACGAGAGGAGGUUCAUCCACUCCAUCUCCAAAAAGCUGCCUGCCAAUGCCUGCCACCUUAGCUGCCUUCAGAUCCUCUCCUUCCUUCAUGGAAAGCAGUGCAGCUUAACAGGUCCAAGCAGCCUCACCAAUUACCACCUGAAGACCGUGAUGCUGCAUUUACUGCAGACCCGGCCCUAUCAGGACUGGGCCUCUGAGAACCUGGAGGCCAGGCUGCAAGACAUGCUGAAGUUCCUGGAGAAAAGCCUGCAGGAAAAGAAGCUCUGCCACUUUUUCAUUGGAAACCGGAAGGUGCCAGAGGUGCUGAACUUCCCAGUAGUGUUCCAGAAGGCAGAGCCACUCAACCUUUUCCGUCCAUUUGUUCUGCACAGGGACGCUUACAGAAAGACGGUGGACACGUUUCAUGAGAUGCUGAGGAACACAUCCGCACUGAUAAACGAGUACACAGUGCACAUUCCCUCUGUGGGACACACAAAUAUGCUCCACAAAGAAUCCCUUUAGCAGGACCAGUGGAGAAAUGCUCUUCCACCAAGCACAAGUUCCUGGGGCAUCGCAGAAACCUCUUGUAGGCAGUUGACUUCAGCAGGAGAGACUCUCUCCUUUCAUGGAAACCAGUGCAGGCCCUGGUUUCUUCAGAGUGGGAGCAGAAGAAAGAAGGGGAGAAACUGAAAGAUUUAUGCUGUCAAAGUGUCCCUCCACUCCACCAAUGGGUUGGCUGGUUUGUUUUUUCACAUUGUGCACCAGUCCCUGUGGUGGUGACAAGCAACAGACAGGACUAAUCUAUUCAGGUGUUGCAAUGCAAAUAUUGGGGGUUAUUCAGAAUCUCUAAUCAAAUAUUUAGUUUGUUUUUAAAGGAGGAGGAAGGGAAGGGGAUGAGAGGGAAACUAAGAUGGCUCCCACAAAAAAAUAAUGUUGCAAAUGAGACCUCCUACUUGUAAAAAGCAACAGCCCUGUGACUGCAGCUUGAAAGUUUAGUAACAGCUGGUUUUUCUGUGUUUGGGGGUGGAGGGAGUUAAAACCCAGACUCUGCAGAUGAAUUUCAAUCCCCCAUAUAGCAGCAGAGAAAGCAGCAUUGAAAUCAACCAUCGUUUUUUAAACUAAUGGGAAUUCAAGUUGCAAAAGUGCCCACCUAGUAGGACUUUCAGCUGCAGCAAAACAACCUCUUCCCCUUUCCUCCCCCACCCAAAUACAUAUUUCCUGUACCUUGCAAAAUCCUUCUCCCUUGGGAAGCAUACCGGAGACAGGGGGCAGGAUGCAUUUGUGAUACAAUUAUAAUUAGUCUCUUUCGUUAUCAUCCUGGUAAAGAGCAGGGGAGUAGACUUCGUGCCUGGGUGAGCAUAUGGUCAGGACAGUGUCCCAUUGCUGUUCUGAAUGACACAAUCGAGCAUUCUUUUGAUGUUCGUAUCCUUUGAGCAGCAAGACAGACACAAACAGAGCAGGUUCCUAAGGGACAAACUGUGUUUUCCACUUAAGCAGCUGAUAUGUGUGUAGAGGAACCCACUGAUGCCACUGUGAAAUGAGCCCAGAUAUAACAAUCUCCUAGCAGGGUAGGUAUUAACCUCGCAACCUGGUAUGAAUAAUCUGCCUGCCUGCUUUCGUAGGAUAAAAAAUGUACUAGAACUGCUAUGACUAAGGAAAAGAGUGGUGCACAAGGGCAACUGGCAAACAGGAGCUUUAAAGCUGGAUGUGGCAAACUCUUAGUCUCCACAGUAAAACUGCUAUCCUGUCUCUCCUCCUAAACACCCCCCGGAAGGUCUCCAUCUGCAUCCAGACAAGACUGCCUCCAGUCUUCAGAAAUGCUGCUGCUUUGAUCAGUUGCUUUUAGGAGUCUCAGCUCGAGUGAGGCGAGGCCCACAGCCCUGUGGGACCAAAGCAAGGUGCAUUUACAGCACCUCCCAAGCUUCAAGCAACUGCAGGAGAGCGAGAGUCUGAGGAUCAAGUCUUGGCUUCUAAAUCUGGAAGGCUUUAAACAAUUUUGUAUUUUGAGGUUAGGGCUCUUGUCUUAGCUGUACACAUCACGUGGCUCUGUUUUUAGAAGAGGGGGAUACUGUCCUUGAGGGCUGCAUAGACAACACUGGUGAUGCCACCUUACAGCAGGGUGCUCUAACCCACUCAACCUAGUUACGGCACUUCUGGAAAGUAGAUUUGAUCCCAUCUCAUUGAUAGUGACACCCUCUGGCAAUAGACAAAUUAUCCAGCCUGCUACUGAGAGUGAACCUUCAAGAGAAGGUUCCCCUUUCCAGGAGGACCCAUUAUCCCACCCUUCUUGAAUGGAUGCCCAAAUCCACCCUUCCAGUGGAAAAGGGGUCCUUAUACACAAAGGCAGAGGGCAUGAACUGAGAACUCAGGGGGGUUGUAAAUUUUGCUUCUGCCACUAGCUUGCAGCCAGCCUCAGGUGAUACAAAUUGAGCCAUACCCUAGAGCAGGGGGUUGAGGGUUGUUAGGUGAUCACCGGUUUUAUCUCUAAUCUUACCUAUGACAUUAAAAGUGUUUUGGAUCAGAAAGUGACUUCUGCAUUGUUCAGAAGGGUGGGGGGAGGAGGAAGAAGGUCUAUUGGUUAAUGGCUGCGGCUAAAGUCUCUGAGCCACUUGAGAAGUGAAGUUGAUGGUCUCAAUGCCACAUUCUGGCAGCCAUCUGUCUGCAUCCCCAAACCACCACAUACCAUUGGUGGUCAUUUUUUUUCAGCAGAAGAACAAGACUGGAGUGACAGGGCAUGUCUGGCUGCUGUAGGUCGGGCAUGAGGUAGCAAGUGCUAUUGGGCUUUGGCUUUUAUCAGCACAGACCAUUAAACAACGAUGGGUAACCAAAGACAGUCACAAGGGACUAACGGGCAAUUUGGAUACAAUGAGCAAAAAUAUAAGGAAGGGUUUAGAGAGCUAUGGGGACUUGUAGAUACAUCAGACGCUCUGUGGAACAAUUUAAAACGAAAGUAAUGUGCCUCUGGGCAGCGGCUGAGCGCACAGUGCAUUGUACAGUGUCCUCACCAGCCCUAUCACGUGCAGGGUCUGGGGAGGCAGCUGUGGCUUAGGCCCCUUCUCAGUGGAUUAUUAUUACAGCCAGAGAGAAGUGAAAAUCAGUUUGACAUUUCCUGUGAGGAGUCUGAACUUAGCAUAUCAGAAGCACAGAAAGAAAUCCAUGACCCUGGUGACACAGGAAAUGACAUGUCAUGGACUGGAAAAAAAAAAAAAAAGUUGAUAAAAGAACGGGGGUGGGGGGGUAGGGAUAAGGGAGAGGACAAGGCCAUUUUAAAACAUCUCUUAUUUCCCUUGUGUAAAGUGUCGGAGCAAACCCAUUUUAAAGCCAGCCUAGAUGUCUCAGCUGUAGUUCAGCUCUUGGUGGUUUUCGGGAGGGCAUUUCAAGUUGAGUUUGCAACCAGAUGCAGGCAAUGGGGAAGCAGAACUUUAGAAACUACCCUAUAUUAGCUACAUGUGAAGCAGUAGUAGGGACUUUCUGGAUCUAUCUGAUUGCUUUGCUAUGGCUGCUUAAACAUGAGACGCUUCCUUUACAGAGUGAGCAUCUUAAAGAUGUUUACUGCAAAUUCAGGCUGGGAAGGACCAUGGAGAUGCACCUCCCCAUGGGGGAAGCACUCUGUAUUCACAAAGCAUGGUUUGGCAAACCUUGUGGAAGCUAUCUCCUUCAUAAGCUGUAUGGCUGCAGUUCUGAGGGCCCGAACCACUGGAGGAUGAGGGUACUUCGAGUCUCAGGUGAUCAGACCUUAAAUGUGGUAGCAAGAAGAGGUAGAAGGGGCAGGCUGGACAUCAUCCUGCAGAGAUCCCCUUCUCAUGCCGGGGUAUUGCUGUUGCUAUUUAUUUGCUGGGGGAACUUGGUCACAAGGGACUAGGGUUCGUUCCACUGGAGUCUAAAGCAAUAAGUCUGGGCUGGUGGAGGUGGUUAAUCUUUUACUACAGGCUCUAUCCAGGUGGGGGAACUGAUACGGCCGUGGACCCAAAGUGCAGCCUCAGGGGCCAUUCACCUGCAGGAAAUGCCUUGUGCUGAAGCCAUUCUUGCUAUUCAAGAGCUGAAUGUCUUUUAAGAGAGUCUCUUCCAUCUUGGGGGGAUGGGAGGGGGUUUCACUCUUCAACAUGUGUCAACCAUGGGACGUGGCAGCCGUGUCUCAGUUCCAUGUGCAGCUCUUCUAUUUCGUAAAGAGAAUUGAACACUUGGUCCAUCAUUCAAGCAGGGUGUGAUGGUUGUUGCAGUUGGGCUUUUCUAAUGUGUUUUAAUGUACAAUCUACAAGACUUCCUGUAAGUGACGGCGAGGAAACAGCAGCGCUUACCCUGAUCUUACCGGCGUGGCUGCUGAUCAUUGACUGCUUGGUGCUUCUCAUGGGACCAUACGUGGUCAACAGCCUUAUUUAUUACUUGCCUUUUUGGAUACCCUUUUGUAACCUUACUAGCUUGGAAGGGAGACUGUCCUGUCCUGUAUUGUGGAGGGCUAACCUGGGAAGAUGGGGAACAGUACCAAAAAUCUUGCAGCCCAAGCUCCCCCUUCCUUGGGUUUUUGUUUUGUUUUGUUUUUUUGUUUUUUGGGGUUUUUUUAGAACGUCCAUAUCCUAUUCCUUUUAAAGGAUACACCAGGAAAACUUUCUGUAUAAAAGUGAUGCUUCUAAAGCAGCAGGUUGUUGAAUUUUGUAUAUAUUUCUCAUGAAGCUUUAUUUAUAAUAAAAGAAGUACAUGAAGUCUUAAAGAA